AUGAUCAAACUGCAGGAUGUUGCGAACGUAAUGGAGGAGUCACUUUCCCAAAGACCCCCCGUGAAGACACUCUGGCAAGGUGGGAUGGUAUUGGGAAACAAUGCCUCUAUAGUGGCCCUGUGGUCACUCAAAAUACGGAACUUGAGGCUCAAUUAG